AAAAUGAUUAAGCCCAGUACUUCCCACAAAAAACUUAGAAUAGCAAGAGGAUAUCAAGCAAAGGCUAGGAGAAUACACUCCAGUAUGUCUCAGAGAGGAAUGAGAAUUAGAAAUACUAAAAAUAUUCAAAAUAAGGAUCCCUCCAAGAAUUCCUUAUUGAAACAAAAUCAACCCAAAAGCGAAGAGAUUGAAGUCCAAGAAUCUAUUCCUCAACAGAAAACAUUUCAGGAGGCACCAGCUCCAGCGAUUGGUGAGAAGCCUGUGGUUAGGAGGCAUUUGCAUACAUCUAGUUCUCCUCGUAUAAAUGUAGCCACAAUGGAUCCAAACCUUAUCGACACUAGGAAGCUCUUGAUGGAUAAAAAUAUGAAUUUCAUGGUUAAAAAUACAAAAGAUUUCUUAGAGCAAGAAGAAAUCGAUAUUCAUGGUUUAAGCAAUCUGGCAGACCAUAAGCUAGUCCGUUUUAAAUAUCCUAAAGAGCUGGGGAGUAAUUACCUAAAAGACUUCAAAGCACUCUUUGGCAAGAAAUUAGUCCCGAGGACUAGGUUUGCGGAUCUUGGGGAUUGCCUUAAUCUCAAUAUUGAAAAGAGAAGACAUCUUAACGUGAAUAAGAUGGUUUGAAAUACAACAAAUAAAGACACUUUCAAAGAUUUUGAAGUUCAAUGCCAUAAAGGACUGACCCAAAGAUCACAAAGUCAGGGAAAUAUCCCAGAGAGGAUGAUUGUUACAGUUGAAAAGCACGAAAGAAAUCCUAAUGAUAGUAAAGAAUUUCAGGAAACGCUUAACUUUGCUUCUCCUUUCAUUGCUUCAUCUUAUCAAAAAACUUUCCAGAACUUUGGAGGAGGAAAAAUGUACCAUGCAAAGCAUCCUAAGAAUCCUAUUUACAAUCUUCCAUUUAAAGGAGAUUCUAUCUAUCGAGAAAGUUUUAGAAGGAAGAUGUCAAGAAAGCUCAGCGAAGAUAAAACUUCUGGAGCAAAUAAUAAACUGCCAACCUCUCUUGAUCCUAAGGAAAUUAAAUUAAAAGUUUGUAAGGACCAUAUUAAACAGAAUUUCAAUAUGCUUAAGAUGACUGACAGAAAUGUUCAAUACUAUCCAUCUGAAGCCUUGAAGAGUGGUAUAUAUACUUCAAGAUCAAUGAAGCCUAAGGAAGACCCUGUGCAUAACUCUCAGCUUCUAUCGAACUUUCAGACUAUUUAUGGCAAUGAGUUUAUUCAAAAGCCUAUCGUGAAGAGAAAGAAGGUCAAGACUAAACCUAAAUUUUGGUAAUUCUGUGCUUAUUCAAAGUUUCAAC